AUGUCCGCUUUCUGCCUGAACCUGCACGCGUCCUCCACGGUGUCAGCACCACUGGAGCUGGACAGCGACUGCCUGGAGCCCCAGGGCCCGGAGCAGGAGUCUGGCGGCAUGCAGCCUCACCCUCUGCGGCAUGCCGGCUCCGGAGGCCUCGGUACGGCCUUGGAAGAGGAACUGGCUGUACUCACAGGGCAGCGAGACGACGAGGAGGAGCUGUCCGACCAACAGGCGCCUGGAGUGGGGCAUAGCACAGACCUGCUGACGCUCUUCCGACAAAAGGAAAAAGACCUAGUUUUAGCUGCUAAACUUGGAAAAGCUUUACUCGAAAGAAACCAGGAUUUGACCAAGCAAUAUGAGCGCAUGCAGAAAGAGCUCAGCGACAAACUGGAGCACUUGGAGCAGGAGAAGCAUGAGUUGCGGCGGCGCUUGGAGAGCCGUGAGGGGGAGUGGGAGGAGCGUGUGGCUGAACUGGAGUCAGACGUCCUUCAUCUCCAAGAAGAACUGGACAGACACCAGGUCCAAUUGAGAGACGCUGACCGGGACAAGAGCCGGGCCAUCAGGGAACUGUCCGAGCAGAACCACCGGCUGCUGGAGCAACUCAAUAGGGCUGCAGAGGUGGAGCAGCAGCUGUCCACUCAGGUCACUUCACUACGGGAUGAUUUCAGGGAGAAGAGCAUGUCCACCAGCCAGCACAUGACGAGGCUGGAGACCCUACAGGCAGAGAUUAAGAUGCUGUCGGAGAGGAAGAUGGAGCUGGAGAGAAGGGUGAACUCUGUGCUGGAGGAGAACGAGCUGCUACAGAACACAGUGGAUGAGCUAAAGGAGAGGACGCUGCUACUGGAGAGACAGUGCCACGACAAGGAUCUACAGUUUCGUCAGAGCCAAUUGGAACUCCAGGAGGUGCAGAUGUCCCACAGACAGCUGAGUGCCCAGUUGGAGGAGCUGACGGAGGAGCACAGCCUGACGUCCCUCCAGCCCCACCCCUCCAGUCUGCUCUGUGAGAUCGAACAGAGCAUGGAGCAGGAGGAGCUGGAGCAGGAGAGGGAGCAGCUGCGUCUCCAGUUGUGGGAGGCAUACUGCGACGUGCGUGCCCUCUGCUCUCACCUGCGGGGGAACGAUGUCACAGACUCAGCCCUGUCCACAGACUCCUCCAUGGACGAGUCCUCAGAGACCUCCUCUGCCAAAGAUGUGCCUACAGGCAGCCUCCAGGCCAGUCUACUAGAGCUCAAGAGGCUCACGCAAAACCUGCUCGACGGCAAUGAGUCCACGGGCUCCCGGCGCAGUGAGGAGGAGCUGGCGCUGGAGGAGCAGGUGAAGAAAUUGGGGGACGAGCUGCGAGACGUGAGAGAGCUGUAUGAAUGUGAACAGGAGAAGAGCCAGAGCAGCCAGGGGGAGGUCCUACAGCUGCAUAACCAGAUGGCGCUGCUGUCUGUGGAGAUGUGCUCUUUGCGGGAGGAGAACGACAGAAUAAGAGCGAUGUCUGAGGUUCGAGAGCCCAGUGAACAGCUCCAGAGCGCCAUCAGGGACCGUGAUGAGGCCAUUGCCAAGAAAAAGGCGGUGGAGAUGGAGUUGGCAAAAUGUAAGAUUGACAUCAUGUCUCUGAACAGUCAACUCCUCGACGCCAUCCAACAGAAACUCAACUUGUCGCAGCAGCUGGAGGCAUGGCAGGAUGAUAUGCACAGAGUGAUAGACCAGCAGCUGAUGGACAAACAUCAGGACGAGUGGCGCCCCCCUCUGGCAGGACAGAGCUCCAGACGCACUCGCCGCAUCCACCAACGGGACAGGACACUUUUCUCUUUCUUCAAAAAGAACUGAACCUUAUGGACUGUCCCGCAGCACACAGUCACGCAGGAGCCAGGGGGAGAGGGGGGUGAGAGGGCACCAAAGAGGGGUACAGAUAGGACGGGGUGGUUUUGCACUUUCUCUGCCCAUUCCUACUAUCUACAGGUGAGCAACUUGUCAUCAUAGGAAUUAAUGGACCAAAAUAAUGUUACUGUGUGUGGCCUUAUCACCUUGGAAAUGCUGCUUCUAUUACAAGUAACUUUGAAGUACAAAUUAGAUUAGAACAAUAGUCUUUCAUUUUAGCCCCACCACUUCUUACCAAAAUAAAUCCUUAUUUUAAAGAUACUAGA